GAGGUUCAGACACUGGACUGGUUCAGGGCAACGACUGACCCACUUAAACCAGAGCAUUCAAUAUUUACAGUAGUGCCCAACACAUCUCUAGCCAGAUCAACGACAACAAGCGUUUGUGUGAAAGAAGUAAGAGAAGAAUAAUGUGUGUGCUUGGACCUGGAUGCUGUUCACAUGCCUACCUGUUGUUCCUGCUAAUUUCCAUAUGGCACCACAUCAGUCCACUGUGUGUAGCAGGUCUGUUGAUGCUGCAUGAAGAUGUGGACAACAGCGUCUCCAUGAUCAGUCACUCUCUGCAUUUAAAAGCACAGCUGGAGGCUCUACUGCAGCAUGGAAACAACAGCGAUGUGUCUUUGCGUGUGGAGACGACAGAUGGGGACGAAGUGAAGGUGAUCCAAGCUCACACGCUCGUGCUGUCUCUGCAGAGCCAAACUUUCCAGAAGCUGCUUGAGGAGAGGAACGGCAGUGUGCUGGUGCUGAGAGAGAGCCCAGAGUGCAUCGAUGUUUUCGAGAAGUUUAUCAGGUAUUUGUACUGUGGUGAACUGCAAUUGCGUUUGGAUGAAACCACCGCUCUGCAUGAGCUAGCCACCAAAUACAGUGUCUCGGUUCUCCAGAGAGGCCUGACUGAAUACAUGAUCAAGAACCUUGCCAGCGCUUCUCUGAGUGGUCAUGUGGUACGCUGGUACGAGUAUGCGACCGCAGAGGGCGUUGCCAGCCUUCGUGCCAGCUGCUUGCAGUUCUUGUUGCAGAAUGUGACAUCGGUGUUGCGGAGCCCUCAGUGGCCGUCGGUGAGCUCAGAGCUGCUGAUGACUCUACUGCAGCGCUCCGAUCUGGUGCUGCACAGCGAGCUCGAGCUGUUUAAGGCCCUCGAAACCUGGCUGAUGCACAACGAGCCAGACAACCUGACCGUUGAAAAUGUAUUACGUGCAGUGCGUUACCCGAUGAUCCCUCCACGUGAGCUUUUCCGCUUGCAGCGUGAGUCAAAGGUGAUUUUGCGCUACUAUGAGUCAGUGCGUGAUCUCCUCUACAUGGCCUACCAGUUCCAUGCAGCAUCCCCACCUCAGCUUGCCAAGUUUUUUUAUGUGAAUUGCAGCCUUUUCAUCCCACGCAACUACCUAGCAGCAAUGUGGGGUGGCGCGUGGCUCAUUAACAGCCCAGCACGUGACGACCGCACGGCUACCUUCCACACGCAGCUGGGCCCGAGCGCCCACGAUUCCAGCAAACGUGUGAUUUGGAAUGCAAUCUUCACACGAAGCUCACGUUCAGAUGGUAAACCACGUAUUGUAAUCACACCUGCGUCCUCCAGCCCCGACUUCGCAGGGGUCAUCUUCCAGAAGACAGUGAUUGUGUGUGCGCGACAGCAGGGCCUGCUGAUGGUACGCCGCAUGUACAACUUCCACCAAAGCACAGAAGAGAAUGGCGACUUCCUGACUGACAGUGACCUGCACGAAAGCACUUCUGAGUAUUUGGUGGCUGGCUGGCUCCACUUACAUGUUAUCAUCAAACCCAUCUAUCAGACCCUUAUCUCUACAAAAAAAUAAUAAUUACAACAGAAAAACCUUAUGAUAGAAGGACUUGUUCACAAUGUUUUCCCUGUGAUCAUUUAUUCCUUUCAUAUUCCAUAUUCCAUCAUCCUAAGUUAUUUACGUUAGAAUCGGCAAAUACAUUUUUUUUGAGAUACCAGACAAAAAAGGUUUUCUUGAAAAAAACAAACUAUAUAAUACUGGCUGGUAUUUGUGCAUAUGUCAGAAAAACUUAGUCCAGGUAGGCCAUAUCUGUGGGCCUUGGUCCGGGAUUUAGCUAUUUGGGUUGACCUGACACCAAAACAGACUUCCUCUUCCUUGUAAUAAAUGUACUGGAAAUAUAAACUCUAAAUAAUGAAAUCACUCCUCUAAUAAACUCCCAUUUGUUUUGUCAUA